UCUCAUACAGCUAAAAGUCCUGCUGAUGGUACUCCUAGACGACCUGUUUUAUCUGUCAGUGCCAGAAAAAUUAAAGAUAAUGUAGCAGACUGGCAUAAUUUAAUGAUGAAAUGGGAGAGACUGAAUGAUAAUGGAUUUACUAUGGCAAACAAAAUAGUCAACAUGAAGAUCAGUGAGCAAUUUCAAGACAACAAACUGGAGAUAGCAUGUGAUAACAGUGCCACUGAAUCUGAAAAGCCAGCUCCAAAAUACAAUGAAGAACUGGACAAUUGCUGUACAGAAUUACUGGAGACCUUAAAGCAUAUGACAAAGAUACAACUGAAAAUGGAAAAGCUUACUUCGACUACUAAAGCUAUCUGUGACUUGGAAACAUUCCACCGUGGAGCUGGGAAUUGCACAGCACCCUUCUUUCAUACAUGGCCAACACCAUACUUCUAUGAGGUUUCUCUGAAGCUCUCUGAAAUGUACAAGAAGGAACUACAACUUAAGCAAACGAUCGUACAAGAAAUUGCUCAUUCUGCUGACCAGGAUCUGAUGAUGGUCUAUUUAUCAUCAUGGUUAUACCAGCCUUACAUUGAGAACAGCAGCAAACUACUACUUGAAGCCAUGCUGCUGGAAACAGGACAUAGACAGUGCUAGAAUUUCCAAUGUUACGUGGCUUGAUUCUAAUGAUGCUUAUAUGAAGUCGAAACAGCAAAUUGCAAGGCUUACCAAGUAAGUUCAAUUUUUGUAAAACUUAUUAAAGAUCUUUUUCUCUAUUUGUAUUUAUUA